UUAUGUAAGGAAAGGGAGUUGAAAAGGAAGAAAGAGUUGAGAUUCAGAUAUACUACUUCAUAUUUAAGGCCAACCCAUCUACUUUGCGAAAACACUUAUCGUGAUAGUCUCUUGUCUUGUUAUAUCCUAAUAAUUCAUAGGAGCAAAUUUUUGUUUUAAAAGUUAUUAAUAAUUUAAUUUUAAAAAACUGUUCAUUUUUCAAAGAGUAUUUUUUGCAAAGAUUUUUUUUUUCGAAUAGAAAUUCGCCAUGAAAUCAAUCGUGUUCGCUGCGGUGUUCAGUUCUGCCUUAGUAUUUGUGCUAGGUCAGCUAGAUUCUGAACAGGUUGAAGUUCACAAAAAAGUAGAAAAGAAAGAAGAAGAAGCUGCCAAAUAUUGUAACGAGCUGUUUCCAGUCUCUGAAGACAUGCACAUAAAAUUUGCAAGAUCCGUCAUUAAAGGAGAACCUCUCCCAAUGGAUUUCCAUUCAGAAGAGACGUGUCAUCUGAAUUGUUAUCUGGAACAACUUGGAUUCUUUGAUGCUAAUGGUGAUAUGGAUGUUCGCGAAAUUUAUGGAUACUUGAUUGAAAAACUUCCUGACUUGAAAGUCAACAGACAAAUACUUCGGAUUUUCUUAUUCCAAACUUACCGUAUGGUCAAAGGUUUAAAUGAUAAAUGUGAGAAGGCUUUUAUAGUAUAUUAUCGAUUUGUUGAAGCUGUCAUGACAGCUACUAUGGAUUCUCAUAAUGGCGCAAACGCCGAAACCACAGAAAAGCAGCUAUUCGAAGUGUUGGAUGGCAAAAGCACGCCAAAAGAAUUAGAUGUGGCCUGGGAUAAAUCUUUGAAAAAUGCCGAGUUAUUCUUCGAUCUAACAAUUUUAAAAUAAGAGAUAGAUUUAUUGAGUGUUCAUUAUGCGGACCAGCAUCUCAGCGAUCAAAUAUCAUCAUAAUAAUAUAAAUACAUUAUAGGUACCAUAUGCUUACUCAUCUUACUGUUUUCCAUCUUGUAUUCAACUUAAUUUAAAGCAAUCGUGUAAGUACCUAAUAAAAUCUGGAUACUUUGCAAAAUUGAUUCAAUUAAUUGUAACAAAAUCUGUUUAUGUAUUUUUAAAUAAACAAUUUUUGAUUCUAA